AGUUCUGUGGGCUUCCUCUGAGCUGAGGAUGAGGAGGACGUCUGUUGUUCUCUGACAGCUGCUGACUCUUUUUCUCUCUGGGACCAUUUUUUUUUUAACUUUUUAACAAACAUAUGGACUCACUGUGAGCGACGCACCUGCUGCCAGAAACCUUCAGACAGUAUCUUUGUUGUGACUUGGUUUUAAGUAGACUGUGAUAAAAUGUCUCUGACUGUAGCUGACCUGACCAGAGGAGCGAUGACAGAGUUCCAGGAGAAGCUCCGUCAGCAGCAUGAGGAGUCGAUGCACCGCGAGUUGGAGGCGCUGCUCAGUACAGCCAACAAGGCGGAGGCAGAGAUCUCCAGAAAAGAUUUCGAUGGCUUCAAAGAGCUCUUCCACAGAUUCCUGCAGGUCAAAGGUCCUUCAGUCGAAUGGGCCAAGAUCAACCGUCCGCCAGAGGACUCGAUCCAGCCGUACGAGAAGAUCAAGAUGAAAGGUCUUCCUGACAACAUCACCGCCAGCCUCAACAAGCUCGCUGUGGUCAAACUGAACGGCGGUCUGGGAACUAGUAUGGGCUGUAAGGGUCCCAAGAGUCUGAUCAGCGUCCGCAACGAGAACACCUUCCUGGACCUGACCGUCCAGCAGAUCGAGCAUCUGAACAAAACCUUUAACGCAGAAGUGCCGCUCGUUCUCAUGAACUCCUUCAACACUGACGAAGACACAAACAAGAUCCUGCAGAAAUACAAACACCACCGUGUCAAGAUCCACACCUUCAACCAGAGCAGGUAUCCGAGGAUCAACAAGGAGUCACUGCUGCCGAUCGCCAAAAACAUGGGGAUGAGCGGAGAGAACGGGGAGGCAUGGUACCCGCCGGGUCACGGAGACAUCUAUGCCAGCUUCUCCAACAGCGGCGUGCUGGACAAACUCCUCGCUGAGGGGAAGGAGUACAUCUUCGUGUCCAACAUCGACAACCUGGGCGCCACCGUCGACCUCUUCAUCCUCCACCACCUGAUGAGCCAGCCGGCCGACAGACGCUGCGAGUUCAUCAUGGAGGUCACAGACAAGACCAGAGCUGACGUCAAGGGCGGUACGCUGAUCCAGUACGAGGAUCACCUGAGGCUGCUGGAGAUCGCGCAGGUGCCGAAGGCCCACGUCGAUGAGUUCAAGUCCGUCACCAAGUUUAAGAUCUUCAACACCAACAACCUGUGGAUCUCUCUGCCCGCCAUCAAGAGGCUGCACGAGAAGAACGCCAUGGACCUGGAGAUCAUCGUCAACCCAAAGACGUUGGACGGCGGUUUGAACGUCAUCCAGCUGGAGACAGCCGUAGGUGCUGCCAUCAAGAGCUUCAACAACGCCAUGGGUGUGAACGUCCCCCGUAGCCGCUUCCUGCCGGUGAAGACGUCGUCCGACCUGCUGCUGGUGAUGUCCAAUCUGUACAGCCUGGACGCCGGCUCGCUCACCAUGAGCAAGAAGAGAGAGUUCCCCACCACGCCGCAUGUCAAGCUGGGCAGCUCCUUCACCAAGGUUCAGGAUUUUCUGACCAGGUUCGAGAGCAUCCCGGACAUGUUGGAGCUCGACCACCUCACUGUGUCCGGCGAUGUCACCUUCGGAAAGAACGUCUGUCUGAAGCCUCCCUCCUCCUCACAAGCCUCGUCCUCCUCCGUCAGCCCGGCUCAGCCAACAGCCAGCACCUCCUCGUCGGAGCCCUCGCAGUCGGAUGAAAGCUCGCAGUCGCAGAGUUUACGGCCUAACAUUACUGCUCAAGCUAACAAGCUGGUCCCACAACGUGAAACUCCCUUCACCUUAGCGGCGAAGGGAAAGUUGUCACAGGAGGAAGUUGAGGAGUGCCACAGAAAAGUCACGACUCAUGUGGUGAAAAGGCUGCAUCCCUUCUCAGAAGCUGAAGCACCGACAUUCAGAGACAUGCUCAGUGCUUUAAACCCCAAGUACACCCAGAAGAUGUCUGACAAUGCCUCUGUCUGGGAUCGUAUCAAGGAGAGUCUCCUGGCUGGAAAGUUGAUCGAUACUGAACAGUUAACAGUGCAUGAUUGUGGAGGAGAUGGUGAGAGGAGCCAGGGCGACAAGCAAGGAGUGGAGAGUGAGGAAGAGGAGCAUCCACCUCCCUGCAAAACUGUGAGGAUGACUCCACUGGAGGAGCUUUUUGCUGACGAAGAUGCUGUAAAGAUGACAUCACUGCAGACCUCCAUAUCCAUCCAGGACGGAGUUGCAGAUGUACAAGGAUAUGCCACCCAUCGUUACAUCUGAUGACCCUGCUGCUUGGUGGUGGACCAUGCAAACGACGUAUCCUUGUUCGUCAGACAUGGCCUUUUCAUUUUUAUGUGUACAGGCCUCCUCUACACCAAGUGAACGAGUUUUCUCCACUGCAGGAAACACAAUCUGUGCUGAACGUUCACGUAUACUGACUGAGAAGGCUUGAGAUAUGCUUAUUUUCUUGAACUGUUUCUAUUCUGUUUUUUAUACCUGCUAGUUUCCUGCAGAAUGUGAAUGACUGACUGAAUGUGAGUCAAUUUGUGGAAAGGUGUAUAAAAAUAAAAAUUGUGUGAAAUAA